GUUUGUGUCAAUUUCUUGGACAAGUCAGAAUUUUUCGAAAAGUGUAUUUGCAGUGGACCCGUUGCUGUCAAAUAUGUUCGACCUGAGAUACUGGAGAUGCGUUUUGAAAAAAUCAUUUUCAUGUCCCGAUAAUGACGUGAGAUUUUACUUGUACACCCCCGAAUCUGGUAGAAAAAGAAUGCGAAUAGACAUAAGGAAUCACUUGUCCCUUCCAUUGUCUGGUUUCGAUCCACUUCGAAAGAACGUCAUCCUGAUCCACGGAUUCAAUGGGACCGAGAGCAAGAGCCCCAUGACAGUUCUAAGAGACGCUUACUUAUACAGAGGCGAUACGAAUAUUUUCACCGUCGAUUGGGCGGAAAUCUCCCGUUUUCCGUGCUAUUUAUCGUCUUUGUCCAACACGAGAUUGGUUGCCCAAUGUACGGCGAAGCUAUACGCUUUUAUGAUGGAUCACGGUGGAAUCGCAGAGGAGACGUCGUGCGUCGGUCAUUCGUUGGGAGCACAUAUUUGCGGUAUGGUGAGCAACCAUUUGGAUGUCAAACAGCAUACGAUCGUUGGAUUGGAUCCCGCCAGACCCCUAGUGGACAGAUUUGGCGAUAGUUACUUUCGCUUAACUAGAGAUGACGCUCAUCACGUACAAGUUAUCCACACCAACGCAGGCCUUUUGGGGGAAAAGAAUCAAAUAGGUCAUGUUGACUUUUGCGUAAACGGAGGUAUGGUUCAACCCGGAUGCAAAGGCAAUGUCGUUCACAUUGCGCGUUGCAGUCACUUCCAAAGUGCGUGUUACUUCGCCAAAACCGUAAAACAACCAAAGUCCAUCAUGGGGAUGCCAUGUUCUGGAAUGUGCCCAAAGAAAUGGACCAACUGGGGCUUUGCGCCUGGCAAACCCGUGCCAAUGGGUCACGACACUCCUUAUGGACUUCAAGGAACAUACUGCGUGGAGACGGACACCAAAAAAGACUGCCCUUUCAACUAGUUUCUCUGAUGCUCAUGUACAUAAGCAUUCUUAUUUAUUAAAUAAUAACGAUGAAACUAAGUAUUUAUUUUAAGAAAAAACAA